UAGGAGAAGAAUAAACAAAACAUGGAAAAAUACGCUAUGACCAUCUCACUCUCCAAUCCAAAAAACAAUUUAAUCAACGCAGCAAAGAAAACGCUCUCUUCUCUUUCUAUAAAGCUUCGACUAGUUCGUUAGUUCAUCGUCCCUCAAAGAAUCAGCCAUGAGAACGAAGAGCAAAGGUAAAGUGCACCCAUCUCCUUCCCCGCCUCCACCAUCUUCUUCUUCAAGAGGAGAAGACUGUCUCUCUGUCCUGAAGCUUCUCCCCGCGGUGAUUCUCGUUCUCGUCUCGGCUCUCUCCCCAGAAGACAAACAAGUCCUUGCUUACUUAAUCACUAGGUCACUCAAAACCACCACCACCACCUCCACAGGAAGAACCUCUUGUGAUUCGAGGAACAAGAAAUCUCCGGUUUUGGAUUGCGAAUGUUUCGAUUGCUACAUGAGUUACUGGUUUCGAUGGGACUCUUCCCCUAACCGCGAGCUCAUCCACCAGAUCAUCGAAGCUUUCGAAGAUCAUCUCGAGAAUAAUAGUAAUAGCUCCGCUGCUUCCCAGAUAUCAAACGGCAUGAGAGAAGGAGUUAAGAAGAAGAAGAAGAAGAAGGAUAGAUCAACAAGUCGUCGCCGUGUUGAAGAAUCACCGAUUGCUAGUGAAGUCACGGAACCCGUGUUGGUGGUGCCUAGCGAUGAAGUGAAAUCACCGGAAAAGUCAACGGAAAUGCUGAGGUUUCCCGUGGCGGCGGCGACUGGGCACAAGGGUUUGGCGAGGAAAGUGUUACCGGACGUGCUGGGUUUAUUCAAUUCCCGUUUCUGGCGACUUUGGAGUCCGAACCCAUAGAAAGAAGGCAUCUUCGGCUUAUUUUAAAAACAAAUGCUUGUUUUUUUUUUUUGAGCUAAAUGCUUUUUAUAUAAAAUACAGUAUUUGAUAUAAAAACCACCUAGUUAUGUUAUUGUAUAAUACUGCCUAGUUAUGUUAUUGUAUAAUACUGAAAUAAUGAAAAAAAAUAUGUUGCUGUA